CAGCCCCUCCCUCCCUUCGUGCGUCAGGGCGCAGGCGCGAGGGCCGGGACGGCCGAGCACCGGCUAUUUUUUUUCGGGGGAGGGGACCCAGCGGCCCAUGCUCCAUCUCUGCCGCUGGGCUGUCUGCGCCCAGGCGGCGGCGGAGGUUAGGCUCGCUUCUGGCGCCAGGAUGCCCAAGAAGGGGAAAGGCCAGAAUAAGGAGCCGGUGAAAACACUUCCUCCCACUGGACCUGUGGCGGUUGAUCAGAGUGGUUCCAUCACAAUAGCCAUUCAUGCCAAACCUGGCUCCAAACAAAAUGCCGUAACAGAUGUGACAACUGAGAACGUAAGUGUAGCUAUUGCUGCACCUCCAUCCGAAGGGGAGGCUAAUGCAGAACUCUGUCGGUAUCUUUCCAAGGUCCUGGAACUUAGGAAGAGUGAUGUUAUCUUAGAUAAGGGUGGUAAAUCUCGUGAAAAAGUGGUAAAGAUUUUGGCAUCCACAACACCAGAAGAGAUUUUGGAGAAAUUGAAAAGGCAAGCGGAAGCUCCCUAAAAGAAACCAAAAAAGCCAGAAAUGAACGUUGUCUUUUGCGGAACUUUUUUUUAAAUACUAAAGAAGCAAAUUUGUAAGAUACUUGAAAGAUAGUGCUUUGAAGAAAAACAGGUCUCUGAAAAUACUCUAGGAAUGUUGGAAAUGUCAAAAUGUCACAUAACUAAUAAGGCGAAGUAAACUAAAGCCAACCUUCCGUUAUUACUGGACAUACUCAAACCAAACCAUUAUGGUCCAAUUCUUAAAAUUUAGAACUGGUUUGUUAAUACUACAUACCUGCCCUAAAGCUUAUUUUAUGGACUUUUACUUAAAGUUUAUGGAACCAUACACUUAAAAAGAGCUGAAAGAGACCUUAGAGAUUACCUACUUUACACAUCUCAUUUUUACAGAUGAUCCAAGUGUCAGGAAGGCCGAGAGGCUUGUCUAAGGUCACACAAGUAAUCAUCAUCACUGAGACUGGAGCUCACCUCCCUUCGCUCCAGUGACAGUGUCUAUUGCCUUGACUAUUAUUAAUAACAAGUAUUAAGAGAUAUAAAUGUAUAGAAGCAGCUUGGCAGUGAGUAGAGCCCUAGACUUGAAGUCAAGGACAGUCACUUCCCAGAGCUUCAGGAAAGUCUCUAAGGUUCUAGAUUAGAGAUGGAUUGAAAUGUGGGCUGGUGGACAAAAUCAUAGGUCCUUGACUUAUUUCUGUACAGAAAAUGUGUUGGAUUUGUUGAAUUGCAAUUGGGUAAUAACAUUUUAAAAUACAUUUUUAAAAAGAUUUCUCUCUUUUUUUUUUGUCUUUUCUCCAUAGCUACACUUUUAGUGGAAAUGUUUGCUUAAAUCAGAUUAUAUAAAUCAAUUUUUUUUAUCCCCUACAGUAUUACUCAAAUGUUUGCUUAAGUCUAAAUCUGUUUUAGUUGGUGUAAGAGGAAUACUGUGUUCCAAGUUAUAUCAUACACAAACACCUUCCCCUACAGUUGCUAAAGUAGUUUACAAUAGGCUUAUGUCAUUAAUUAGGAAAAUUUGCUGUGUAUAAGCAAUAUUCUUGUUUUCUUGAGGAAACCCUAAUGCAUAAUAUGUUCUUUAUAACUCAGAUAUGGAAGUAGGUUUCAUCUUUUGAAGAUGUUGUUUGUUUAAAAAUAUUUAUUUCGCUGUUUUUAUUUCAGUUUAAUAGUCAGUUUGUAAUUUACGUGUUGAAGCAGGUAUUGGUGGAAUCAUUAGGAAGUAAUAGGAUAUGUUAUCUGCAUUUUGGAAGAUUUUUUUUGUUAGUUAUGUUAAAAGGACCACCAUUCCUAUCACCCAGACCAACAGAUACUUUAAUAACUUAACUAAGAACCAUACUUCCCAUUUAUACAUUAUUUAGUAGUAACUGAACUGGUAUUCAAACCAGGUUUUCUAACUCCCAGUCUACUCUCCACUACGCCACUGUUGGGCAGUAGGUUGUGCGGUGAAUAGAGUGCUGGGGCUAGACCUGAGUUCAAAUCCAGCCUCAGACAUUUACUAGUUGUGUGACCCUGGGCAAGUCAGUGUUUGCCUUAGUUUCUUUAUCUGUAAAAUGAGCUGGAGAAGGAAAUGGCAAAUCACUCCAGUAUCUUUGACGAGAAAACCCCAAAAAGGUUUCGCAAAGAGUCAGACAUGACUAAAAAUGACUGAACAAUGGCACACUGUUCCUCUAAAUUUAAUAAGCAAAGAUCACUUUGGGAAAUCUGAAAUGGCAAGACGUCGUAACAGUGAAAUGAGUUACAUUGCACUUUCACUUUGGAUUAAAAGCUAGUCUUGAGACUAAAUUCUAAAACCA